GAGCCUCCUGCUGGCGGUCGCGUGCGGGCUCGCGCGCACCGCCGCGGGCGCGGGCUGCUGGCGGGCCGCCCCCUCCGCGGGGCCCGGCCCCGCCGACGCCGUCCUCGAGCGCUGCAGCGGCCCCGGCUGCGAGCCCGACUCGCUCGCGCUCCUCUACGCGCUGGCGCGGCUGAGGCCUCCCUCGGGCCGCUCCGCUGGAGGCCCGGCGGCCGCGGCGGCUGGCCUGCCUCCGGCGCCCGCCGCGGAGGCCGUGGCCGCCGCUACUGCGGCGGCCGACUCCGCUGCUGAGGGGGCCGCCGCGUCGGCGCCGCAGAGGCGGGCGCUGGCGGGCGGCGGCGCGGACGCCGCGAGCGUCAGCGCGGCGGCCGCCUCCGCCGGGAGCGGCCGCGGCGGCCACGACGAGGGCGGGCCGCCGGCAGCCGCCUCCGCCGAGGAGACCGCCGUGUCGGCGCUGCAGGGCCGCGCCGACGCGGCGGGCGGCGGCACGGCCGCCACGAUGGUCGGCACGGCGGCCGCAGCCGCCGCCGCCGCAGGCGGCCGCGGCGGCCACGGCGCGGGCGCAGCGGUGGCCAUCGACCAGCUGGACGGGCUCAUGGUGGUGUUUGCGGUGCUCGUCGUGCUGCUGCUCGCGGCCACGGUGGGUGGGGUGGCGCAGUUCUCGGCGGACGAGGGGGCCCUCGCCGUCCAGGCGCGGCGCGGAGGCCAGAAGGAGCUGUCCAUCGCGGAGCAGGUCUUCGCGCAGAGCCAGAGCUGGAGGAGCCCGUCGCAGUGGCUCCGCGACCUCGUGCCGGAACGGGGGGCGAAUGAGUACGCGGAGAUGAAGCGGUUCGCGAUGUCGUCGAUCAGGAUGCGGCAGAACGACUACCCGCUGCUGCUGCCGAGCUGGCCGUUCCGGGCGCGCGGCACCUGGCCACGCCCAACCGUCGACGUGAAGAGCCGCGCCCGGGCGCCGCUCCUCGUGGCCCGGCUGCGGGAGGCCGGGCGCGCGCGGCACCUGCAGGUCGAGGCCAUCGACGACAAGCACCACCACCGAGGCUCUGGCGGAGUGCUGGCCACCGUGAACCAGCACCUGGAGCUCCGCGACGCGCACGGCCAGCUCGUCGGCCAGCUGCAGCAGGGGAGCGGGCAGCAGCACCUGGACUUCCGCUUCCGGGCGGCCCGGGAGGACUCCGAGGAGGCCGGGCACCUCGUGUUCACCCCUACCGGCACCAGCGAGCACGGGCACCCGCCCUGGCCAUGA